AGAAGAGAGAGAGAGGCCCUUUUGUCCCUUGUUCUUCCCUUUUCAACAAAAUAACUUGAGCAAAAGUGGCAGCCCGUGGUGGCAGCUGUGGUGGAGGUAGGUAGUUUCCGUGGCAAUCGCGGUGGCAGAUGUAGAUGUUCACAUGUCUCAUCACCUCCCAUCCCGUGAUGGCCUUGCUCAGCCCAUGAGCUCUGUCGCUGUUGCUAUUGACAAAGACAAGCACAGCCCGUGCGCUCUUAAAUGGGCAGUCGAUCAUCUUCUUGUAAAUAAUUCAGCAGUCAUCCUGAUUCAUGUCAGGACCAGAAACUUGCAAAAUCGUAGAGAAUUCCCCAGUGAAUGAAGCUUCCUCGGGAGCAUCUGAUGCUGAUGCACAACAGCUAUUCAAUCCUUACCGCGUAUAUUGUGCACGAAAAAAGAUUUCAGUCAAAGAGGUUGUCAUUGAUGAUGUUGAUGUUACUAGAGCACUUGUGGAGUAUAUCAACAACAACUGUAUCAACAAUAUUGUUCUAGGUGCAUCAAAGAAGACUCUUUCAAAGAAAUUUAGGCAGAAUGAUGUGCCAACUGCCUUAGUCAAGUCUGCCCCAGAUUUUUGUUCUGUGCAUGUAGCUGCUAAGGGGAAGGAAGUCUUUGCCCGACCAGCACCACGCCCUGCAUCUAACACUGCUACUCCACCAAGGCAACCAUCUCCGCUUCCAUCUCACCACUCCGAUCCGGAGGAUGGAGCCAGGGCACAGACUAUGAGGGGUGGGCAAAAAAGUGUAGGACAUGAGAGAAUAAGGUGCAAGAACUCUGCAACCAGUUUGUCAUUGGACAUUACUCACACUCCUGUUAGUGGGCCAAGACAAUCAAUUAACCAUUCACUCACUGAUGACAAUUUCCAUUCGCCAUUAGAUACUGAAUCAAUUGAUAUCAGCGCCAAAAAUUUAGAUUUUACACAGGUAGCGGAAUCUCCCGAGGAUAACCACUCACCAUCAAUCAAAAAAGGCGUGGAAGAGGAGAUGAAAAGGCUGAAGCUUGAGCUUAAGCAAACCAUGAACCUAUAUAACACAGCUUGCAAAGAAGCAAUCACAGCAAAGAAGAAGGCUAAAGAGCUCCAUGAAUGGAAGAAGGAAGAAGCUCGUAGAUUUGAGCAAGCCCUGCUCGCAGAAGAAGCAGCUCUUGCCAUUGUUGAGAUGGAGAAAGCUAAAUCAAGGGCUGCCAUUGAAGCAGCUGAGAAGGCACAAAAGUUGGCCGAGAUGGAAGUACAGAGAAGAAAGUAUGCGGAGUCUAAGGCCAGGAGAGAAGCAGAAGAGAAGAAUCGAGCACUAAAUGUUUUAUCCAACAACGAUGUGCGUUACAGAAAAUACACCAUAGAAGAGAUUGAAUUGGCCACUGACCAUUUCUCAAACUCUUUAAAAAUUGGUGAAGGUGGCUAUGGACCUGUAUAUAGAGCCAAACUUGAUCACACCCGAGUUGCCAUUAAAGCUCUUAGACCAGAUGCUGCACAAGGGAGGAAGCAAUUCCAACAGGAGGUUGAAGUCCUCUGCUGCAUUAGACAUCCAAACAUGGUCCUCCUCUUAGGUGCCUGUCCCGAGAAUGGAUGUCUGGUAUAUGAAUUCAUGGAUUUUGGCAGCUUGGAAGAUCGCCUAUUUCGGAAAGGUAACACCCCUCCAAUUCCAUGGAGGCUUCGGUUCAAAAUAGCAGCUGAAAUUGCAACCGGACUUCUGUUCCUACACCAGACAAAGCCGGAACCCCUUGUGCACCGGGACCUUAAGCCAGCCAACAUCCUCUUGGACCGCAAUUUUGUGUGCAAAAUUAGUGAUGUUGGCCUAGCACGGUUAGUCCCACCUUCUGUGGCUGAUACUGUUACACAAUAUCGCAUGACUUCAGCUGCUGGAACAUUUUGUUACAUAGAUCCUGAGUACCAACAAACAGGAAUGUUAGGAAUUAAAUCAGAUAUAUACUCACUUGGCAUAAUGUUACUCCAAAUUAUCACAGCAAGGCCACCAAUGGGUCUCUCCCACCAUGUUGAGAGAGCCAUUGAGAAGGAAACAUUUCCAGAUUUGCUUGAUCCAACAGUACCAGACUGGCCGGUCGAAGAGGCUCUUACUUUUGCAAAAUUGGCACUAAAAUGUGCUGAGCUAAGGAGGAAGGACAGACCAGAUCUUGGUUCAGUUGUAUUGCCAGAGCUCAACAGGCUAAAAGAUCUUGGAACAAACAGCAAUUCGAGUAACAAUACUGCUCAUGUAGAGCCAUGACCAACAUAGAGAAGGGUUGUCAAAUGCGAGCCAGGAAGUGAUAAGUGAUGAAUCCAAUAGAAGGUUGCAGGCAUUGAAGUUGAAGACUACAUAUGGAGAACCCGUGAACAGAAAGCUGCUUCUUCUUGAAGAAUGAAAGAACAAUGCAAUCAGAAACCAAGAUGGAAUUAACUGAAGAAUGUUGUGGAUCACGAAAGUUUGGGAAUUCCAUUUCACUACAAUUAGAAACCAAGAUGGAAGCUGCUCCUCCUUAAAGAAUGAAGGUUGUGCUUUCAUCCUGGAAAAGUAAUCUGUAAAUGGUAUUACUUGAAAUCUAGUCAAUACUAUGCUUGCAGCAUAAUAGGAUAGGUAUAAUUAAACAUUGUAAAAUUUUCAAAUGAUAAAAAACUUGAUUCCAUUUUGUAAUUUCAAAUGUUAAUUUUCAAAAGGACACUGGUUGAUUGUAA